GUGCGGUAGAUCUGGUAGAUCUGUGCGUGUGCGUGUGCGUGUGUGGGAUCUCAGCCGAUCUAAGCCAGGCCGCCAGGAUGGUGAAGAUCUGCUGCAUUGGCGCCGGGUAUGUGGGCGGGCCGACCAUGGCGGUGAUUGCCCUCAAGUGCCCCGAGAUCGAGGUGGCGGUGGUGGACAUCUCGCUGCAGCGGAUUGCGCAGUGGAACAGCGAGAGCCUGCCAAUCUUCGAGCCGGGGCUGGACGAGGUGGUGAAGGCGUGCCGCGGGAGGAACCUCUUCUUCAGCUCGGACGUGGAGAAGCACGUCGCGGAGGCGGACAUCGUGUUCGUGUCCGUGAACACGCCCACCAAGACGCGCGGGCUGGGCGCGGGCAAGGCCGCGGAUCUCACCUACUGGGAGAGCGCCGCGCGCAUGAUCGCCGACGUCUCCAGAUCUGACAAGAUCGUGGUGGAGAAGUCGACGGUGCCCGUCAAGACCGCCGAGGCCAUCGAGAAGAUCCUCACCCACAACAACAAGGGCAUCAACUUCCAGAUCCUGUCCAACCCCGAGUUCCUGGCCGAGGGCACCGCCAUCGACGACCUGUUCAAGCCCGACCGCGUGCUCAUCGGCGGCCGCGAGACCCCCGACGGCCAGCGCGCGGUGGCGUCGCUCAAGGCCGUCUACGCGCACUGGGUGCCCGAGGACCGCAUCCUCACCACCAACCUGUGGUCCGCGGAGCUGUCCAAGCUCGCCGCCAACGCCUUCCUGGCGCAGCGCAUCUCCUCCGUCAACGCCAUGUCCGCGCUGUGCGAGGCCACCGGCGCGGACGUGUCCGAGGUGGCGUUCGCCAUCGGCAAGGACUCGCGGAUCGGCCCGCGCUUCCUCAACUCGAGCGUCGGCUUCGGCGGCUCGUGCUUCCAGAAGGACAUCCUCAACCUCGUCUACAUCUGCGAGUGCAACGGGCUGGCGGAGGUGGCCAGCUACUGGAAGCAGGUGGUGCACAUCAACGACUACCAGAAGAACCGCUUCGUCAAGCGCGUCGUCUCCUCCAUGUUCAACACGGUGUCGGGCAAGAAGAUCGCGGUGCUGGGCUUCGCGUUCAAGAAGGACACGGGCGACACGCGCGAGACGCCCGCCAUCGACGUCUGCAACGGCCUGCUGGGCGACAAGGCGCUGCUGAGCAUCUACGACCCGCAGGUGUCGGAGGAGCAGAUCCGCCGCGACCUGGCCAUGAACAAGUUCGACUGGGAUCACCCGCAGCACCUCCAGCCGCUGAGCCCCACCGCCUCCUCCAACAGCGUGCGCGUCGUGUGGGACGCGUACGAGGCCACCAAGGACGCGCACGGCAUCUGCAUCCUCACCGAGUGGGACGAGUUCCGCAAGCUCGACUUCCGCAAGAUCUACGCCGCCAUGCAGAAGCCCGCAUUCGUCUUCGACGGCCGCAACAUCGUCAACGUCGACGAGCUGCGCGACAUCGGCUUCAUCGUCUACUCCAUUGGCAAGCCGCUCGACCCCUGGGUCAAGGAUCUGCCAGCCUCCUCCUGAUUGAUUUUGUUGUCAUCUGAGUAACCAACGCUUGCUCUCGCGGCUGGCUGGCUGGCCUCCUUCCUUCCUACUUGAAGAAGAUUUUUUUGUUUCGCAGGGGCUUUAAAGAGCCACCAUUUUUUUUCAUGAUCCAUCUAUCUAGGCACUAGGCAGUAAGUUAUAAUCAAUAAUCGAAUCGUUCUUUUUGUUGGGCA